CAUCAAAACAAAGUCCCAAAUGAAUGGCAAGGAUGUCCAUUCGUGAACUCCUUCGUUUCAGAUACAACAUCUUUGCUAACCCAACUCUCCGAUUUUCCUCCCCAUUUUAUUCUACUUCAUCUAAAACACUCACUUUUCCUCAUUCAAACCUUUGGUUGCUCGAUUCAUGUGAAGAUAUAAAGCAACUCUUUCAAAUGCAGGCUCACUUGAUCACUUCGGGUCUCUUCCACAACCCCUUUUGGGCAGACAAAGUUUUGAAGCAUUCUUCAAAGUUCAGCAACAUUGAUUAUACUGUUUCGGUGUUUCGAUGCAUUGACAAGCCUGGUACUUUUUGUGUUAAUACAGUGAUCAAAGCUUACUCUUUUAGUUCUUUUCCACAUCAAGCUUUGUUUUUUUAUUUUCGGAUGCUGAGUAAUGGAUGCUUUGUUCCAAAUAGCUAUACUUUUGUGCCACUUUUAGGCUCUUGUGCAAAAAUAGGUUGUUUUAAAUAUGCCCAAAAGUGUCACGGCCAGGCAGUUAAAUUUGGGGCAAUUAAUAAGUUGCAGGUUCAAAACUCUUUGAUUCAUAUGUAUGGUUGUUGUGGGGUUAUUGAUCUCGCUAUGAAAGUGUUGGUUGAAAUGUCUGAAAGGGAUCUUGUGUCAUGGAACUCUUUUAUUGAUGGGUGUGUAAAAGUUUGGGAUUUGAGUCUAGCUCACAAGUUGUUCGAUGCAAUGCGCAAGAAAAAUGUGAUUUCUUGGAAUAUUAUGAUUAAUGGCUAUUUAAAAGGUGGGAAUCCAGGGUGUUCAUUGAAGUUGUUUAGAGAAAUGGUGAAAACGGGAUUUGUUGGGAAUGAGAAGACUGUGGUUAGUGUGCUGAGUGCCUGUUGUAAGUCAGCUAGAUUAAAGGAAGGAAGAUCAGUUCAUGGAUUUUUAAUCAAGAAUGGCUUGAAAUCAAAUAUAAUAAUUGAUACAGCUUUGCUUAAUUUCUAUUGCAACUGCCAGAAAGUAGGAUUAGCUCGUAGAAUGUUUGAUAAGAUCAAAAAUAGGAAUCUUGUUUGCUGGAAUGCAAUGAUUUUGGGGCACUGCAUUCAUGGGAACCCAGAAGAUGGACUAAAAUUAUUCAUGGAUAUGAUGGAUCAAAACAAGAUUAGAGAAGGGGACAUUUCUCCUGAUGAAAUUACUUUUGUUGGUGUUCUGUGUGCUUGUGCUCGUGCGGGAUUGAUAGCAGAGGGCAGAAAUUAUUUCAGCCAAAUGAUCAAUAAAUUUGGUAUAAAGCCGAACUUUGCUCAUUUUUGGUGCAUGGCUAAUCUUUAUGUUAGUGUCAGACUUUUUAAAGAGGCGGAGGAGAUCCUAAGGCAAAUGCCAUUUGGUGAUGAUGAUGUAUCAUCUGAUUCUCUGCUCUGGGCAAACUUGCUCAGCUCAUGUCGUUUUAGAGAUGGUGUGACUGUUGGGGAAAGAAUUGCAACAUCUUUAAUUGCAAAAGAGCCUAAAAACUUCUCAUAUUAUCAGUUAUUGUUGAAUGUCUAUGCUGUGGCAGGGCAGUGGGAGGAUGUUGCCAGAGUAAGACAGAUAAUGAAGGAUAGGGGGAUAGAAAGAGUUCCUGGGUGUAAUCUUGUAGAUUUAAAAGAAAUCGUUCACAAUUUUAAAGUGGGAGAACGAUGGUGGGAGAGUGUCGAGCAACGGGAUGCUAAGCUUGCUGAACUGGCUCAGAGAUCAAGCUAGUUCAAUGUUUUGCUAGAGAUUUUGUUAUUAUUAUUAUUAUUUUUAACAAUAGAUUCAGUUGAAAUAUUUGACUUGCCAUUGAUACCAAACUCUAAUCCAUCUUGUACGUUUAGCAUUUCUCUCGGUUUCUUCAACGACUUCUCUACAUGUACCAGACUAUGGUGGAAGAGGGAAAUUAUGGAAGAAAAACAAUCUAACCUGACCCC